AUGAGUCGGUCUGGAGCAGAAAUCCGUCGAAGUGAGAACCAGUCUAAAGUUAUCCAAGAUCGAGUCACAAAAAUUGAACAGCAUCUAGGACAGCUCUGUGAUAUAGCUUCCUCCUACACACGAAAAACAGCCAGGCUGCGAGAUAAAGGGGAUCUGCUGGCUAAAGAGCUCAUUGGGAUCUCUGAGGUUGAGAAAUGGAACCCGACACUAAGCACAGGCUUGGCCAAAUUUGCGGAGACUUUGUCAGCAGUUCAGGAUUAUAGAGAAGCAGAGGUGAAGAGGCUGGAAGGCAAGAUAAUCACACCUCUGGUCAACUAUGGUCUCCUGUGCAAACAGACAAAGAAUGACCUAAAAUCUGCAUUUGCUGCCAGAGACCGGGAAGUCAACCAGAAGAAAAAACUACAAACUUUACAGAACAAAAACCCUGCAGAUCGACACAAAAUUCUUGAAGCUGAGCUACAGAGAGCCAGUCUGGAUGCCUCCCGUGCCAGCAAGGCAUUGGAGCAACAGAUAGACAAGUUUGAAGAGAGGAAGCUGCAGGACCUCAAGAAAAUCUUGCGAGAGUUUGUAACCAUAGAAAUGCAUUUUCACGCCAAAGCUUUGGAGUUGUAUACACAGAGCUUCCAGACAUUGGACCAUAUAGACCCAGAGGCUGAUUUGGAGGAAUUCAGACGACAGCUGAGACCAGAAGGAACUAUGAGGGCAGAUAUUGCUAGAUCAACUUCACAGGCAUCGCUGGAUUCCAGGCAAAACUCUACAGGGAACAACACACCAAGGAGAUUACCUCCCAAACAGCUAACACCAACUCACGCUGACAACCGCAAGAGGAUUGUCCCUCCAACUCCUCAG